AUGUGGAAAUCGGUGGUGGGACACAAUGUUAAUGUAAAGGUGGCUGCAGAAGGGGAUGACUGGGAGACCGACCCUGAUUUUGAGAAUGACGUGUCAGAGCAAGAACAGAGAUGGGGAUCCAAGACUGUGGAGGGGUCUGGCCAUAAAGAGCACAUCAGUGUGGCAGAGCUGAGGCAGAAGGUGUCUCAGGAGUACGAGCAUGUGAAGAAGAAAGAGCAGGCGCUGGCACCCCAGGCCUCCUACGGCUACGGAGGCACAUUUGGAGUGGAGAAGGACCGUAUGGACAAGGGGGCUGUGGGGCAUAGCUAUGUGGCUCAGGUUGAGCAGCACUCAUCACAAACAGAUGCUGCGAGGGGCUUCGGGGGGAAGUUUGGAGUUCAGAAAGACCGUGUGGACAAGUCUGCCAUGGGCUUUGAGUACAAGGGAGAGGUGGAUCAACAUACUUCUCAGAAAGAUUACGCCAAAGGAUUUGGAGGGAAGUAUGGAGUGGAGAAGGAUAAGGUUGACAAAGCUGCCAUGGGUUAUGACUAUAAAGGAGAGACAGAAAAGCACCAGUCCCAAAAAGACUACUCAAAGGGAUUUGGGGGUAAGUUUGGUGUGGAGAAGGAGAAAGUGGACAAGGCUGCUUUGGGUUAUGACUACAAGGGACAGACAGAAAAACAUGAGUCACAGAAAGACUAUUCUAAGGGCUUUGGGGGACGCUUUGGAGUCCAGGAAGACCGCAUGGAUAAGAAUGCAGCAAACUUCACAGAUAUGGAAUCUCCUACCUCAGCCUAUGAGAAGACACAGCCAUUGGAGGCCUCAAGUGCACCUGCUGGUAACUUGAAGGCACGGUUUGAAAACAUGGCCAAGGCAUCAGAUGAAGAGAACAGAAAGCAAGCAGAGGAGGAGAAAGCCAGGAGACAGGCCAGGGAGAAAAGAGAGCAGGAGGAGGCCCGACAAAGACAACAGUCUCAGGUGGAAGAGGAGCCUCCGUGCCUGCCCCCUCGCUCAGCUGACUUGCUGCCGGAGGAGGCCCCCGAGGUCCUAACACCCGUCUUCCCAGAGCCACAGUUGGAGGAAGAUGAUGGAGACUAUGAAGACAUCGCUGAACCACAUGCAGCUGCUGUGGAAAAUGACUAUGAGGAUCUUACAAAUGGCUUGACUGCAGUGGCAAUUUAUGACUACCAAGGAGAGGCUGAUGAUGAGAUAUCUUUCAAUCCGGAUGACAUGAUCACCAACAUAGAGAUGGUGGAUGAGGGGUGGUGGAGGGGACAGUGUCAUGGACGCUUCGGCCUCUUCCCAGCCACCUUUGUGCAGCUGCAGCAGUGA